AUGAGAACUUCUAUCUUGCUUCCGCUCUUUGCCAGCAGUGUGCUCACUGCGCCAGCCGAGAGCAACACCCCCCAUGAUGAGGCAGGUGCAGUGUUUGCCCUGACCAAUGUUGCUGCGGACAACAAAGUCAUUGCAUUUUCUCGCAGUGCAUCCGGUGUUCUUACUCAAGUCGGAGAAUACUCUACUGGCGGACGUGGCCAGGGCGUCGACUUUGAUACGCAAGGUGGACUGCAGCUUGACCAGUCCAACAAGUUCCUUUACGCUGUGAACCCUACCGACGAUUUGGUGACCGUCUUUUGCGUCGAUGGCUCCAAGCUUUCCAAGGUUCAAACAAUCUACGCAGGUGACCAGCCACUUAGCAUUGCUCUGAGCAAAAAUGGGUAUGCCUAUGUCAUGGAUGGAUCUGUGGCAUCUACUGGCAUCUUCGGCUUCAAAGUCAACCCUAUCGACGGCACACUAUCGCCCAUUACCAACCAAACCAUCGCGCUCAGCACUCCUAUUGGUGUCCCUGGCGAUGUCACUUUUUCGCCAGAUGGCCACACUCUGGUUGUCACCAACAAGGUCGGCAGCACAUUGGAUGUCUUUUCUGUCGAUGACCUUGGCCAUGCAAGUGCCGCACCUAUAACCACCAUCGCGUCCAGCGGCGUUCGUCCUUUUGCCGCCACCUUCCACAAUGACUUCCUCUACGUUAUUGAGUCCGGCCUUCCAUCGCUUAAGAAUGCUGCCUUAUCAACUUACCGCCUCAACGGCGGACAAGCCCCUAGCUUGACAGCCAUUACCAAGGCCGAGCGCAAUGAACAAACUGAUGGAUGCUGGGUAGUCGUUACGAAGGAUGGAAAAUACGCCUACACCGCCAACUUUGUCUCUGGAUCAAUUUCUAGCUACGCCCUAAGUGCUGAUGGCAGCGCCAAAUUGAUCAAUGGCCAAGCGGCUCUGCCUGGUGGCCAGGGCAGCCAGCCGGUUGACUUGGUUCUCAGCCACGAUGGACGUUACUUGUACAACUUACUUCGAGGAUCCGGAGCUGUUGCCGGAUUCGAAAUCCAGGGCGACGGAUCUCUCAAGCAGGUCGGAGAUUUAGCCGGCAAAGGAAUGGGAUUGCCAGCCGCUGAUGGAGCUUCUGGCUUGGCUGGUUACUAG